CUGUUUUGUACAAGAAUGCGGGCAGCCUCACGGCCCCUGUAUCCGACUCCAGGACUGACUCGCAGUGAGGGCGGAAGGGAGAGCGUACGGCUCCCUUACGCUCCCUCCGCCCUGCUGCCAGGGGACGUGCGCGGAAGCCUCGGCGCCGAAUGUCCGCAUCCCCCUUCGCUCGCUCCGGGACGCCGCCGGCUGGCGCCCCGCCCGCCUCGCAGCGCCUCCAUUUCGGGAGGCCGCAGCCCAGGGCCGGGCCUCGCGCGGCGGGGCCAGUCGGCGGAGACGGCGGGGGAGGGCGGGUCCCGGGCAGCCACCGCCCCCGUCUCCGAUCGGCCUGGGCCCGGCGCAGGCGGCUCGAGGCUGGCGGCCGGCGGGGACAGCGCGGUGCGCGCCAUGGCGCUGGGCUCGGCCUGGAAGCAGAUGUCGUGGCUGUACUACCAGUACCUGCUGGUCACCGCGCUCUACAUGCUGGAACCUUGGGAGCGCACCGUCUUCAAUUCAAUGCUAGUUUCCGUUGUUGGAAUGGCACUGUACACGGGUUAUGUGUUCAUGCCUCAGCACAUCAUGGCAAUAUUGCACUACUUUGAAAUUGUGCAGUGAUGAAGAAUGUAUGUUGAAGAAGUAAUCAUGCUCUGAAAUCUGGUCGACAAAGAAGAUUGAACCUCUUAGUUUUAACAAGACUUCUACUGAUGUCCAAAAAGGAAAGACAUGAUGAUUCUGAAGACUAAGAAAUGAGAUAUGUAGAGCAGGGGCACGAGAUGUCCCCUAUGUUGUGUUAAUUCCUUUUGAUUUUACAAGAUAUGCCCUUGUAUAGUAGUUUUGUCUACCUUAACAUUGUGAUUGUACUUUGAUAUCAGUAUUUUCUUAACUUUGUGACAGUUUCGAUAUUGCACUGUGAAAGCUUUUCUUAAUUGUAAUUUUGAGUAAAUCUUAAUUGCCUUCUAUUUUUAAUCAGAAAAUCAUCUAAUUAAAUGGGGCUUAAAGCUUUUGCUAUUGUAUGGUAUGUAUUUGCCUGGGUAUUUCUAUCAAUGCAUUUUUGUAAGAAAAUACAUCUAGAUUCAUAUUAGAGACAUGGAUAUAUUCGUCUAACACUACUUACACAAAUUAGUUUGUAUGACUGAACUCAGGUGUACUGUUUUCUUGUCCAAACUUUGUUCAACAGUAUAUUUGUGCAUAUCACCUGAAUUUGGAAUUAGCAAUUAUUUCAAGUUUCUGUGCUCUGUAUGUUGGAGGAAAUAGAGAGAAAGCACUGUAACAAUGAAGGCUGCAUUCUUUAUGUUUGAAGAAGUGCUGUGGUUAUGGUCUUUUCAUAGUGGGAACAAAAGCACUUUGCUGACAUAGGCCCACAUAAAGCUUUGGGAUAGUACUUUAAAUCAACACUUUUUCUAACAACCGAUUAAAUUGUACUUUUACCUAA